CUAGACUUGCUUCUCAACUGCUGUCUACUUAUCUGUACGUGAGUGAUAGCAUGUAUGUUUAGCUUUCAUUUCCAUUUUCUCUUUUAACGUUUCUGUUUGAUAACAUUACGAUUCAAAAAGGACACAUCACACUAAUUUUAUCAAUCAAACUGAACGAUUUAGUUAUUUCCGUCAUGAUUCUGCUAGAGCUAAUCUGGUAUUACGAUAAACUGAAACAAACUCUAAUAAAUCAGGAUUAUUUACAAUCCUCAGGGUAAUGUCCGCGAUGAGGCGUGGCUGUGUGGUAAGAAGUUUACUUCCCAUCCACAUGGUUCUGGGUUCAGUCCCACUGCUUGGCACCUUGGGCAAGUGUCUUCUACUAUAGCUAAGGCUGUAUAAGUCGAUUUGAUAGACGGAAACUGAAAGAAGGCCGUCGUUUGUAUGUAUGUGUGUGUGUCUUUACUGUUGUUUUGUUUCAUUCGUUACAUCUGAGGUUUAAAACAAUGAUCUGAAGAAAUUUUCUGCCAAAAACAGAAUAGAACUGUGAAGGCACAUGUUCUGAUAUUAGGCUUCUCUGCCUAAUGUUGUAAAACACUCAACUGGACAGACACAAAAAGUUCUUCAGGCUUAUUUUUGGUUCGGAAAAAUAAGAAGUUGUGACGUUCAUGACUUUCAUUUGUGCAUAAAUGAAUUGAAUCGAUUUCAAUUGGAAAUCUAACCUGUCUUGCGAAUGCGAUUAACCUGGAGAUUUAACAACUAACCAAAAAAGAAUUGGAAUUGGGCUGGUUACGAACGGAAGGGAACGAAAAAGCCAGUAGACAAGAUUUCCAAAGGAAGAACGGAAUCAAGCAAGACGAAAGACACGCCCAGAUAUGAAGAAAGAUUGCAAAUAAAAGAUGCGAACUGCCUGAAGACAAUCGAUCUACUAAAAUAUAUGAUUGGUAAUUAUGUUUCUGAACUUUUUCACCCAACACAACUGGGAGAAUGAAAACCAAGAGUCACUUUCGCCUCGUGCUCAUUUUUUUUAAAAGAAGGAAUCUGUCCGACGACGUAGAACUCGUUCACCCUUUUACAGCGCCUGAAAUAUAUCUCGUUCUCUGAAUCUCACUUUGAUUUUAAUCACAUCAAACUCUGUCGUGGAUAAAUGUCUGAUUUAACGAAGAAUGCCGGAUCUAUUGUCAACCUUUAAGGAUGUUUUAGUGAAGAACAACAUGAACGCCACAACUUACCAUCAUUUUAUCCCAAAGUGAAUCCUUACAUCGGAUUGAUUUUCCUCAUAAAAGCAAACAUUUUAUUUAAUCCCACCACACGCUGAUGCAAACAUUCACUUUCUACGAAUAGAUUUUGUCAUGGCCUCAAAGGACGAUUUAUGUAUUCAAUAAUGUAAGUUCAAUCCCAGCUAUGCCAACAGCUUUUAGAAGAAAUGCAUAACAUUUAUGUGGUUCCAGUGAAUAACAACUUAACAAAAUAGAAAAUUGUCCUUGGUUUGGAAAUGAUUUGAUCUGAGACUGUGUGGAAAUUAAAGCAAUUACAAUGUGCAGAAUUGCUAAGUUACAGGGAUGUAAACACACCAACGUCAGUUGUCAAGUUGUGUUGGGGGACAAACACAGACACACACACACACAGACACAAACACACAUGUUGGGUUUCUUUCAGUUUCUGUCUACCAAAUCCACUCACAAGGCUUUGGACAGCCCAAGGCUAUAAUAGAAGACACUUGCCUUAAGGUGUUAUGCAGUGGUACUGAACUUGGAAUCAUGUGGUUGAGAAGCAAGCUACUUACCACACAGCCAUGCCUACAUCUACAAGAUAUCGAUUAAGAAGUGUUUGACACAUGGGAUCUAAAAUAAUAAAAUGAACCUAAAACUGACAAGGAAACAAUCGAGGCAGUUUAAUGCUACAUUAAUUGAGAAACCCACUGUUAAAUUCUAAAAUGGAUAUAAAUUCUUCAUUGUUUGUGUUCUGUUUGGCAAUGGAACCUAAAGAAGAAGGUUCAGAGGAGGAAAGAAAACCAUGUGUUGUGUAUAGCUAUCCUAAAAAAGAUAACUUUCUUCUGGAAACAGAAGCCAUGUUGGUUGUCUUGUGUAAUGUAAUGGAAGAUCUAACUGGAAAACCUGCAAAUGCUUCUGUAUUAACUUGCGAAGGCGGGAAACACUUACAAGUGAAAUAUCAUAAAGAAGGUCAUAGAAUUGUGAUAUUUGUGGUUAAAUCUCAAGUGCUUUGUAAUAAAACUAUUACCAGUCUGUUUGAAAGUAUCAUGCAUCUUAUAUUUGUUUUGUAUGGUUCUGUUGAAAAUGCAUUCCUAAGAAAGAAAUUCCAUGAAAAAUUGAAUGGAAUUUUUUCAUCUGCAGAAGAAGAGUUAAUUAAUUUAUUCAAAUCGUCUUCAGAGACAAUUUUAAACUUUUGCUUUGAGUAUAUUCCGAUGCAUAUUUUACCUACAUUUUACCAAGAUAAUUUGAAUAGAAUCCUCUCUGAUUUAGAAUCAAAACAUCCAGAACAUGAAGAAUUUAGAACUAGAGAUUGUUGCCAACACAGAAAGCAGUUCUUUCUAGUUGGUUCUUGUGUGUUUUUCAAUGAGUAUUUACUCUGCAAUCAUUUAUCUCCAAGAAAUUUGGAAGAUGUCUACGUUUACUUGAAGUUUAACAGGCUUUUAUCGCAACAGACAAGUCAACAGAUAAUUUUAUGGCGAGAAAUUCACUUGACAGGAAAUAAAACACAAACAGGUGCUGAUUUGGGAUACAUUGAACAACCGUCUCAAUGCCAUCUUUUGGUAGUUUACCACAAACCUUAUUUUCUAGCCACAUUGCUGCAAUCUCCAAAGCUUCUCCUUGGCAAAAAUACCAUUUCUUCAUCAACAUUACCACCAUCACCCCCACCAUUGUAUAUCGAAAGACUAAAAGUAACUCUUUCACAAAUAGAAUCAACCAUCCUUUGUUUCAGUGACAAUUGUAUGGAUGGCAAUAAAAAUGAUGGCAAGAUGAAAGAUUUAUCUUUUGCAGAUCAGAUUGCAUCAUUGUUCAAAUCACCAAUCAACAAACAGAAAAAGCCUUGUAAUUUGGCACGAAAUCCUACUGAAUACUCCAAGUAUGCAGACAUUUCAAAUCUAACCAUAUCCCCUACCUGCAAAGAAAAUUCAAGAACACCUUACCGUAUGAAUCCAAAAUAUUCGUCCAACCUCACAAUAUCCCCCAAUUCCUCUCCAUACAAAUUUCAGACUCAAAGUAAUGCUGAAACUUCAGAUUCUCAACAUGAAAUAAUACUUCAAAGUCAAAGAAAUUCUGAAACCAAACUGAACAGUUUAAACUUUGUUAAUUUUACUUCAUUGCAUUCUCGAUAUCCCUGUUGCUAUGGUGUGGUCGCAGUUCUUUAUUUGCAGGCAAGUAAAGAUGGUAUGUCAACGGGAAUACAUAUUAAUGGAUGUUGUGACAUUCAUUCAGAUAUCAAGUCUGAUCUUACCAGGUGCUGCAUUUUAAUUAUGGAACAUUUCAAAAACUCAAAAUUGUUUGAAAAAAACAAACGAAGAUCAAGAUUGGUCACUCCUCAUGGAACCAGCUGUCAAAGAAUCCUCGAAUACGGUGUCCUUCUACAAAAAGAGGCUGUGAACGAACAUAAAGUGAGGGAAGCUCAAAAUACAGACUUUUGGGUCGUUGGUAAACAAAUAUGUCGCGAUAAGGGGAAUGUGCAACAAACAGUUCUCAUUUGUUUUCAGGACAAGAUUGAACAGAGUCUUGUAGAUCUGGCAUUCAGUUUUCCAUUUGGCCUUAACUGGAUGGAGUGAUUUUAGAAGUGAGUUUCUCAGUGGUGAAGAUUUCUGUCUUAUGAAACACCUUAAGUUGAUGAAAAACUGCUGAGAUGAGAAAGUAUGUCUAUGCUAAGUCAGACAGACAGAGGCUAUCCAUGUCUGAUCUUCACUUAUGUAAGUUUAAGUCAGUCAGAGGGGUCAUCUAUCCGUGAGCUUCUCUCAUUUAUGGUCAAGUCAGCCAGACAGAGGCCAGUUUUCUCUCAACUGUAUCAGUCAGACAGAGGCCCUCCGUAUCUGAGCUGUAUUCAUAUAAUGUCAAAUCAGUCAAUGCACAUAGAUUAAGUCAGUCAUAUAGAGGACAGCUUUCUCUGUGCCAUAUCCAACUCCGUUUUGAACAUCGUCACUUUUGGAUAAAGUAGUAAGCUAUAAUUCCACAAGAUCAUAUGUUAAGAUAGAUCCUUCGGUAUCUACCAUUCUCGGUGUUACCGAGGCCAGUUGUCUUGCCUGGUCUGUGACAUUUGGCUGUUUUUAACACUUGGCGUCAUGUGGCGAGCUUUCCCGGAUGCUAUCUCGUAGUAAAUUUGUUGUAUAAACAAAAUGCAUACUCCAUAUACAUGCGACCGAUAGAUAAUGUUUACAUUACUUCAGUUGUUUUUAAUCUGUAAUUUUUUUUUAAUACAAAUUCGCUCUCGGAAAUUUAAAAAAAAGAAAAGUUCCCUGCAGACGCUGGUCGCUAUUGAAGGGAAAUAACUAUGUUAGCUCGACAGGUAAUUGACACCAUGAAGAAAGCCGAGUUUAUAGAAAAGUAAGUUAUGGUAGGAUUUCCUUUUUUUGAAAGGAGUAAAUAAAGAAAAUACGAAGAAAACUGU